AGCAUCCACCUCUCCUUUUUGCGCACAGUCCCACCAUACUCUCACCAGGCCAAUGUCUGGUUUGAGAUGAUGAGAGUCUUCAACUGGAACCACAUCAUUCUGAUAGUCAGCGACGACCACGAAGGUCGUGCUGCACAAAAGAAGCUGGAGACCCUCUUGGAGGAGAGAGAGUCCAAGAGUAAAAAAAGGAACUAUGAAAACCUCGACCAACUUUCCUAUGACAACAAGCGAGGACCCAAGGCUGAGAAAGUGCUUCAGUUUGACCCGGGAACCAAAAAUGUGACAUCGCUGCUGCUGGAGGCAAAGGAGCUGGAGGCUCGAGUCAUCAUCCUCUCUGCCAGUGAGGAUGAUGCGGCUACGGUGUACAGAUCAGCAGCCAUGCUCAAUAUGACGGGUUCCGGCUACGUGUGGCUGGUGGGGGAACGGGAGAUAUCAGGCAAUGCCCUGCGUUACGCCCCUGACGGAGUGAUCGGUUUGCAGCUCAUCAACGGGAAGAAUGAGUCAGCCCACAUCAGUGACGCUGUCGCAGUGGUGGCCCAGGCCGUGCAUGACUUGUUUGAGAAGGAGAACAUCACAGAUCCACCACGGGGCUGCGUGGGCAACACCAACAUCUGGAAGACGGGACCCCUUUUCAAGAGGGUGUUGAUGUCUUCCAAGUACUCGGAGGGUGUCACCGGUCGGGUGGAAUUCAAUGAGGAUGGGGACAGGAAGUUUGCCAACUACAGCAUCAUGAACCUGCAGAAUCGGAAACUGGUCCAAGUUGGGAUUUACAAUGGCAGCCAUGUCCUGACCAAUGACAGGAAGAUUAUCUGGCCAGGGGGAGAAACAGAGAAACCUCAAGGCUAUCAGAUGUCGACCAAGUUAAAGAUCGUGACGAUCCACCAAGAACCCUUUGUAUACGUGAAGCCCACACAAGCAGAUGGGACAUGUAGGGAGGAAUUCACCAUCAAUGGAGAUCCUGUGAAAAAGGUCUUUUGCACUGGACCCAAUGAGACCAUCCCAGGCCGCCCCACCGUGGCACUGUGCUGCUACGGGUUCUGCAUCGACCUGCUCAUCCGGCUGGCAGGGGUGAUGAACUUCACCUACGAGGUUCACCUGGUGGCUGAUGGUAAAUUUGGUACCCAAGAGCGGGUUAACAACAGCAACAAGAAGGAGUGGAACGGGAUGAUGGGUGAGCUGCUGAGCGGCCAAGCGGACAUGAUUGUGGCUCCCCUCACCAUCAACAACGAGCGGGCACAGUACAUUGAGUUCUCAAAGCCCUUCAAGUACCAGGGUCUCACCAUCCUUGUGAAGAAGGAAAUCCCCCGCAGCACCUUGGACUCAUUCAUGCAGCCUUUCCAGAGCACACUGUGGCUGCUGGUCGGGCUGUCUGUGCACGUGGUGGCAGUGAUGUUGUAUCUCUUAGACCGAUUCAGCCCAUUUGGCCGGUUCAAAGUGAACAGUGAGGAGGAGGAGGAAGAUGCCCUGACCCUGUCCUCAGCCAUGUGGUUCUCCUGGGGAGUCCUGCUGAACUCCUCUGUCCCUCCAGGUGCUCCCCGGAGUUUCUCUGCCCGUAUUCUUGGCAUGGUGUGGGCUGGCUUUGCUAUGAUUAUUGUGGCUUCAUACACUGCCAACCUGGCAGCCUUCCUGGUGUUAGACAGGCCUGAGGAGAGAAUUACAGGCAUCAACGACCCCCGGCUGCGCAACCCCUCUGAUAAGUUUAUCUACGCCACGGUGAAGCAGAGCUCAGUGGACAUCUACUUCCGACGGCAGGUGGAGCUGAGCACCAUGUACCGGCACAUGGAGAAGCACAACUACGAGAGCGCGGCUGAGGCCAUCCAGGCAGUGAGGGACAACAAGCUCCACGCCUUCAUCUGGGACUCGGCAGUGCUGGAGUUUGAAGCCUCCCAGAAGUGUGACCUGGUGACGACGGGGGAGCUUUUCUUCCGCUCUGGCUUUGGGAUCGGGAUGCGCAAGGAUAGCCCGUGGAAGCAGAACGUCUCCCUGGCCAUCCUCAAGUCUCACGAGAACGGCUUCAUGGAGGAUUUGGACAAGACUUGGGUGAGGUAUCAGGAGUGUGACUCCCGUAGCAAUGCCCCAGCAACACUCACCUUUGAAAACAUGGCAGGUGUGUUUAUGCUGGUGGCUGGAGGUAUUGUUGCCGGGAUAUUUUUAAUAUUCAUAGAAAUAGCUUACAAAAGGCAUAAGGACGCGCGGAGGAAGCAGAUGCAGCUGGCGUUUGCGGCCGUUAAUGUGUGGAGGAAAAACCUGCAGGAGGAAACGUCAGAGCACUAG